AUGGCGAAGGCCGUGGCGGCUCGUGAUCAGAUUGUGAAGUUGAUAGUUGGAGCUGGGCAGGCGAGCCCAAGUCCACCGGUCGGCCCUGCACUGGGUAGCAAAGGUGUCAAGAGCAUGGACUUCUGCAAGAAGGAAUUCAAUGCCCGUACCGCUCACAUUACUCCUGGUGUCCCCGUCCCAGCACGGGUCACAGUUCGACCGGACCGUUCUUUCAGCUUCGAUAUCCGUACACCCAACACCUCUUGGCUACUUCUUCAGGCCGCCGGAGUCAAGGAAGCCAAGGGCAAGAUCAAAGGUGCACAAAGACCAGGCCACGAGAGCGUUGGUACGGUAUCACUAAAACAUAUCUACGAAAUCGCGAAGAUUAAACAAACCGAAACACGGCUGUCUGGCUUGAGUCUCGAAGGUCUUUGCAAGUGUAUCAUUUGGCAAUGCAAGUCAAUCGGCGUCAGAGUUGUACCGUAA